GUUUAUUUGUCUUGGAAAAACUUUUGCCGUAGAGUAAAGUUAGCAUGUUAAUGCUAGUGUUCAAAGUUGACUUUUAUCUUCCUUCUUUGACUCUUGGAUGUUGGUAAAAUGUCGGGCUUUCGGGGUCUUUCAGUUUUCCCUGAUGUGGUCCAGCUGCUGUCAGUGAGUAAAGAAGAGGUUUCUCCUGAGCAGCAUGACGGGAGCUCCAGUCUGAAACAGGAGAUUAGUGAGCCUCUGCACAUUAAAGAGGAACCAGAGGAACUGUGGAGCAGCCAGGAGGGAGAGCAGAGUCAUGAACCUGUCCCUGUGAAGAGUAAAGAAGAUGAGGAGAAACCUCAGUCCUCACAGAUUUAUCACAGACAGACUGAAGAGAUGGAAACAGAAGUUGAUGGAGAGGACUGUAAACCAGAGACAGGGGGAGCCAGGUACUUUGAUCCAGAGAGAGAUUUACAUCAAGAGACUGAGGUCAAACUUGAAGACUUGUCUGAUCCUGAGAGUGAUGACAGCGCUGAUUGGAGAGAGAUGACAGAACACCAGUCAGGUUUAAAGUCAGUGGGAAGAAGAACAAGAAAGAGAGCAAAGACUGAGAAGAAAUCACAAAUCUGUACUGAGUCAACAAGAAUUCACACAGUGGAAAAACCUUUUGGCUGUUCUAUAUGUGGCAAAAGCUUUGACUCUAAAAUCAUUUUGACCAAUCACAUGGUAAUUCAUAACAAUGAAAAACUGUUUAGCUGCUCCAUGUGUGGAUGCAGUUUUACCCAAAAAGGAAGCUUGACUAAUAACACGAUAAUUCACAAAGGUGUGAAACCUUUUGUCUGCUCUGAGUGUGGUCUGAGAUUUACCUACGAAGAAGGUUUAAGACAUCACAUGAUACUUCACAGAAGGGAAAAACUUUUUAGCUGCCCCAAGUGUGGUAGGGCAUUUACCAAAAAAGGAAGUUUGAGCUUACAUAUGAGAAUUCAUUCAGGGGUCAAACCUUUUGCCUGCUCUUAGUGUGAUAGGAAAUUUACCCAAAGAGGAGACGUGAGGAAACACAUGAAAAAUCAGCAACAGACACAACUCAGCUGCUUUGAGUGUGGCAAAAAAAUUUAAUCUCAAGUGUGGUUUCAUAGAUCAUCUGGCAGAUCACAAAAAGAGAGAGACUUUAGGUGCUCUGAGUGUGUCAAGAGAUUUACUCAAGAAGAAGAUCUGACGUCACAUAUGUUGGUUCACAAGGUCAAUGAGAUUAUCAGACACAACAUGUGAGAAUUGACAUGAAUGAGAACCUCUUCAGUGUUUCAGAGUGUUAUGAAAGAUUUAAGAUCAGUCUAAUCUGACAGCUCAUAUGACCCAUCAUACAGGAGAGAAACUGUUCCACUGCUCUUUAUUGAGACAUUUACAACCACAGACUGAGAUAAACGCUGAAGACAUUUCUGAACAUGACACUGGAAACAUUUAUUAUUGGAAGAAGAGAGAUCAUUGGUAUUGUUUACCCCCUGAAAAAUGGUGAAUUUAUUUAUCUUAGUGAUAAAACAUGUAACUGUUGAGAGAACACUCUGAAUGUAGUAAUACCUCCAUUAGAACUAUAUAUUGGGACCACUUUGAUGAUGCCUCAAAUCAUUUUUGAAGGCUGUGUUUGUGUUAAGAUAAUUUUCUUUUUCUUUUGAAUAAAAUAUGUAGGUUUAAGUUGCUAUAACUUUUCUUUUUAUGUUGCAUUUAUUCAGUUAACGGAUGUAAUCGAUUGUUAAACCAACCUUC